GUCGGUUAUUAUUUCUGAAGCAAAAUCCCAUAAGAGUAACUAUCGCCGGACUCGCAAAAGCGAUUCGUUUUCCUCGUUUGCUUGCAAGCCGAAGAGGAGCAAGGUAGAAAUGGUGGGCGUCCACCACGUGGCGUUAUCCAGUUCGCCACUUGUGUCGUUCUCCAUCUACGCAGUAUAAUCCCUACGGCUCACAAAGCCAACAACAGGUGCCUCAGCAGCCUCAGCAGCAGCACAGCGUUAACACUCCGCCCAACUUUUACCAGUCAGGUGGUGUGCCAAACCGCCCACAGCUGUUCCAGUCACCAUCUCAGUCGAACAUCGCGAGGGUACCGGAUCAGUCCAAAGACACUGUCAAUCCCUCGUCUCUGCAAACAACGUACCUUCCUGGAUAUCUGAUCGCCUCCCAGGCUGGUCGGGGACCACCAGCGUCGAUCUGGGCAACUCCAUCGGUCGAAAAGACCACACCGACAAAAGAAGACGAGAACCCGUUUGCGAAAGAGGCGCCGAUUUUCAGAGACUCCAGGGAUGGUGCAUCAACGUCUUUCAACAACAGCACACCGUACACCUCCCGGACUGGCUUCACUCUUGCGAAAGGCACACCAGGUCGGUCACCGGGAGAGCGCCCGACACCCUACUCUCCUGAAUACACGCGCAACACCCCACCUGAGGAUGAGGACUCCGUUCCCCAAGUCUCGCUGAGCGACAUCCCCCCCGGACCACGACGCCGCCCAGCAGGUCCCGAUGACAGCGGCUUCUCCCUCGCAUCUGACAUCAGCGGCGUGGGGAUCGCGCCUCAGGUCAUCAAGCUUGUCGUCUUUGGCUUCCCGGCACACAUGACAACAAGGAUAAUCAAAGACUUUACGAGCUUUGGGAAGGACCAAGUGCUGAGCCAGGAAAUGGGACCAGAGGGGAGUAACUACUUCGUAGUGGGGUACCGUGACCCCGCGCUUGCUGCCAGAGUGGCGCGGAGGAACGGGGAGUUGAUGGAUGGCAUUUAUCGUAUUGGAGUGAUGUACCAAGACCCACGACAGCAACCGAUCGACGGCAUGCUCCCGUCUACCACCCCACCGCCAGAUGCCUCCCUUGCCCCCGCUUCUGCCACGUCUCCACACCACCUCCAAACGCGAGCGUCCAAUGUCUCCCUCGCCAACACCUCCGCGUUGAUCCCGAACCCACCCAAGAAGUCGACAUACGAAUGGCUCACGGGGAUGUUCGUUCCCCCACCUACGCCGGCGAAGCCCCUGCCGGGACAAGUACUGCCGCCCUCCUUGACCGCUCCGGCAGCGGCAGCCCCGACUCCUGCAGCGCCGACGGCACCAGCGGCACAGCCAUGGGGUGUUACCACCGCGGUGAACAAAGUCUCUGAGUUGGUAUUUGGCUGGUAG